AUGAGGCCGCCAAUAUCUUCGAGCAUCGUGCCCUCACACAAAUUCGUUACGGCAUCUUAUGCUGAUGGGAGUCACUCUGCCAAAGCUGAUAUGCCGCCAAUAUCUUCGAGCAUCGUGCCCUCAGUUGCUCAUACAUUCGUUAUAGCAUCUCAUGCUGAUGGGAGUCAGGUCGCACGCGGAGUUUCUGCCUCGGCGAGAGAGUUCCAAGAUGCCGCAAAUGCUGGUAAGGAUGCAUCUGGUACUCAUGCGGCAAUUUUCGCCUUGCCGCGCAGCACCUCGGAAGCAUCUAACAGGCAAGAGCUGAUCAAAGUUAGUAGGCGAGCAGUGAGCUGUACUAGAGUGACACUUGCGGCUAUGAUUCCAAGUAUCGAGUGGGAUGUCAACUAUGCCUUCGGAGAUGUACCGACCAAGAUUGAUCGGCUUCUAGAUGCUCUUGACCAAGGCACGCUAACAAUCUCUUCACCAUACAUAGGUCGUGGUAUAUGGAUGGCUGAGCGCCACACUUAUCCAUCCGCUGCCGUAACCGCCACCGAGAGCAACAACGCUGCCUUUACGACGCAUACGAUACCAACAGUUGAGAAUGCCACGGGCUCCGGCGCUGUAGGACUGCGUAUUAACAGGUCAGCUACUGGAUCGUCCUCUGGGCUUUUAUCAACGUUCCCGCGGAUGUAUAGCAGCGCAGCGGAGAGACUAAAAAUGGUUCCUGCCGAGGCAAAGAAUACAGUAGCUUCCUUGGCAGAUAAUGAAGGGCUAUACUCUUCGCAGUCGGAAAGGCUGCAAAACUUCAAGUUCGGUCCUUUUAUGCUCGAUCUAGAUACAAUCUAUAGCGGGAAGCCAGAAAUGCACAUACCUUUCCGCCGGCCUGAUAGACAUAAUGCCAGAAGUCAAGAACACUAG